UGCCAUAGAACUAGAGGCGAUAAACUCAUACGAUUCUCUACAUCCUAUAAUUGGUACUUUACGACGAAAUUCAAGGACAAAAGAAGCGAUUUGUGAUAUGGCUCCCAUUAUUUUAAGAAACACUUACACAAUAGUACCGGCUGAACCAACAUGGACCGGUCGGUUUCCAUUAGCCGAAUGGGAUCAAGUUGGCACAAUAACUCACGUUCCCACAGUUUACUUCUACGACAAGCCAUCUGACUCCUUCCAAGGCAAUGUAGUCGAGACCCUAAAACACUCGUUGAGCCGUGCGCUAUUCCAUUUCUACCCUUUAGCUGGUCGUCUUCGGUGGCUCUCUCGCGGCCGGUUAGAGCUCGACUGUAAUGCUGCCGGAGCGACCCUCAUCGUAGCUGAAUCCGAGGCAGAGCUUUCGGAUUUCAACAAUAUCUUAGGGACGCCUGAAUUCGAGAAACUUGUGCCACAAGUAAACUACAAAUCCCCUAUCGAAACAAUCCCUCUCUUUUUAGCUCAGGUCACCAAAUUCAAAUGCGGCCGAAUAAGCCUCAGCAUCAGAGUUUCACAUGCAGUCGUAGAUGGACAAAGCGCGCUUCACUUCAUGUCGGAAUGGGGAAGAAUCGCGCGUGGUGAACCACUUAAAACCAUUCCAUUUAUGGACCGCAAAAUCCUCUGGGCUGGUGAACCGCUUCCACCAUUUGCUUCGUCUCCUCAGUACGAAGGUAAAGAGUUUGAAGAGCCGCCUUUACUGAUCGGUAAAACGAACUGUGUAGAAGAAAGAGAGAAGGAAACGGUUGUGGCGAUGCUAAAGCUAAGCAAAAUACAGCUUGAGAAGCUUAGGAGUAGAGUGAAUACAAGCGAAUACGCUGAGCCGGCGAGAGGGUUUACAAGGUACGAGACGGUCACGGGACACGUAUGGAGGUGCGCGUGUAAAGCACGUGGGCACUCGCCAGAGCAACCCACGGGUUUGGUAAUCUGUGUAGAUGUUCGUAGUAGGGUGCAGCCACCUCUGCCACGUGGCUACUUUGGCAAUGCCACUCUUGAUGUGGUCGCAGAAAGCACCUCAGGUGAACUGAUAUCGAAUGACUUGGGCUUCGCGGCGGGAAAAAUCAGUAAAGCCAUAAAGAAUGUUACAAACGAAUACGUGAUGACCGGGAUAGAGUAUCUAAAAAACCACGAGGAUCUGAAAGAGUUUCAAGAUAUGCAUACUCUGGGAAGAAAGGAAGGUCCAUUUUAUGGGAACCCUAAUCUUGGACUUGUGAGCUGGUUAACUCUGCCAAUGUACGGUCUUGAUUACGGAUGGGGCCAAGAGGUCUACAUGGGACCAGGCACGAAUGACCUCGAUGGGAACUCCCUGCUAUUGCUAGAUAAAAAUGAAGACGGCUCUCUAAUUCUAGCCACUUGUCAACAAGUGGCUCACAUGGAGGCCUUCAAGAAACACUUUUAUGAAGAUAUAUAGGGUUAUAGUCUUCAUGUAUUUAUGCUUGAUCAACAAAAAAGUAUUCAUGUAUUUAUGCUCGAUCAAAAAAAAAGUAUUCAUGUAUCUAUGCAUUUUCAUUUUCAUUAAGGAUGUUUCGAGUAGGGAUUCUACUCAUGAUGUGGUUCUUGAAUUGUAAUAACAAAAUUACGUAUCUUUAUAUACAAAUAAUUAAACCUUA